UUGCAAUGUUUAAGAGCUUGGCUAUAAAAGCAAGCCAUCGUCUUCUUCCUCUAAUCAUGAAAUACCAUAUCGACAACAGCAAUCCUCCAUUUUUCUUUUUGUGUUUUUUCUCUUAAGAGUACACAAAGUUUUAAGGUUCAAUAGGUUAUGUUCUUCGGUGCUGGAAAACAGAAACACUACAGUUGUAUCCUGGGAAUCUGAAUGCUGCAAAAUCCAUCAUACUACGGAGCGUUUAAAGAUUUAAGGAAAGAGAUUCGUCUAAACUCUGCAAUUCCUUGUCACCAUUUUUAAUUCGAGCAAGAGUGUGUUCUUAUCCUCUCAAAGCCACCACCUGAAAAAAUCAUAUCACUUUGAUCACCCUACACUGAUUCCAGAGGAAGUAGUGUGAAGAAUCAAAAGAGAAGAAAACAAAAAAUGGAUAAACAAGGCAGUAGCAUUCAACCUCCAUCAUGGAUUCCUCAGACACCGAUCAAGCCAAUUGCUCCGGUCAACCCAAAUCGAAACCAGGCGAUGGAAGAGAGAUUCAUUGGGAACAAAGAGAUGAUAGAUCUUGAGCACUUGUCUUUUGGAGAUUUGCUGAAUCUAGCCAACACUGCAAAACUCUAUAUCUCCGGUCAUACCGGAACUCAUCAAAGUAAAAUGGUUUGUGGAGAGAUGUUGCAAAAAGGUGAUGAAGCGCUGAGCUCGGUGACUAACAGUGUUACUGAGCAGAUUACAACUCCGGAGAAGCCAAAGAGGAAGAAGCAUAGGCCCAAGGUUGUUAAAGAAGACAAACCAAAGAGAGUUCCCAAACCGAAACCUGCUGUUGAAGGUCAAGAAAGCAAAACGCCUAAGAGGAAAUAUGUGAGGAAGAAGAAAGAAGUUAAUAAGGAUCAAGAAUCUACACCUGUUGAAGUAUCACCAGCUGUAGAAGCUUCAGGUCCUGCCAAGAAGAUUUGUAGACGAGCCUUAGAUUUCGAGGUCGAGAGUUGCAAACCCGAAAACAGAGUAAACCAGUCGAACAGCAGCGAUGCUAAACCGGAAUCAGACAACAGAGGAAAGCAGACAGAUUCAAGGAGUCAAGAACCAGAAGGUUGUCCUAUUCCACUGCCUGGCACGCCUAGAAGAAAGACCAGCCAAAGUAAAAGAAAAGGAAAGGAAUCUAGAAUCAAUGGCGCACAAGCUGCAAAGAGAAGACAAGGCAAAGAAACAACAUGGGACACAAAUCUAUCAGGGAUUCAGUACGUUGAUCUGUGUGAGUACCAGAAAAUGCAUUGGUUGUGUUUCAACGACGGCCAACAGAAAGAGACGAGAUCUGAUGCCAUUAUUAGCACAUCACUCGCUGGAGAUGCACAAGAAGACGUUUCCGCCUUUGACUCGAGCUGCUACAUAUUCACAUCUCAGGGCAGUGCUAGUACAUUUCAAGGGAGACAGAGCUUUGAGUCAAGUGUUGGCUUGGAGAAGACAGACAAGCCAAUAAAGAAUAGAACUACAGGGCAAGCUCGAUUCCGAAGCUUGUCGUCUAUAACAGAAGCUUCAGAGAAGCUACAAGCAGGACGUGUUCUUGUGAAGACGCAGGCGACCUCGAGCAAAACGAAGAAGCGAGCCACUAAGUCCAUGAUUUCAAAAACCAACCAGAAUACUCCUCUCCCGAAUCUUGGCCUGUUUCAAGCUUCAUCUACUGUAAGACUAUAUGUUAAUCUAAUGAUGAUGUUCUUCCCAGCAGAUCUUCCUCCACAGGAACUAUGGACACGAUGUUACUCCGUUGAAGCAAUCACUGAGGAUUUGCGUGUAUUAGACAUCAACAGGGAGUUUUCAGAAACCGCUCUUGUUCCUUAUGCAGUGGAUAGCACAGGAAACCAGAUUGUAAUCUUCACCGGUGGAGCUGGAGCAAUUGUUCCUUCAACUCCAGUCAAGAAGCGGCCUCCGCGAGCAAAAGUUGACCUAGAUAAUGAGACAGACAGAAUGUGGAAGCUUCUGAUGGAGAAUAUUGAUAGCGAAGGCGUUGAUGGAUCAGACGAGCAGAAGGCAAAAUGGUGGGAGGAGGAACGAAAUGUGUUUAGAGGACGAGCAAACACAUUUAUCUCACGGAUGCACCUUGUACAAGGUGAUCGACGUUUUACACCUUGGAAAGGAUCAGUUGUUGAUUCUGUUGUUGGAGUGUUUCUCACUCAAAACGUUUCUGACCAUCUUUCAAGCUCUGCAUUCAUGUCACUUGCUGCAGAGUAUCCUCCCAAGGAAGUACCCGUUAGUAACUUUGACGUAGGGACAAGCUCUAUGCCGUCUAUAAAAAUAACUUACUUGGACUCAGAGGAGUCAAUGUCAAACCCGACUGUUGUUCAUAACCAGAGUUCUGUUACUUUUAAGAACACAGAGCCUGGUGGGGAGAAGGAUUAUGUAAACAGCAAUGAAACCUCUAGAAGCAGUAGUGAGAUUGCUAGCACAGACCAUGAAUCAGUUGGCAUAACCAGGGAUCCAAAAGACUCAAGUGUAGAAGUGGACAACACAGAUCAAACAUACUUGGUUCCAUCUGAAGAUUCUGCAGUUACAUUUCAGAGUUCGUUGGUUUCUGAUGCUCCUCAACAUAUAGAGAGAUUAGCAUCAAGCUCUGAGAUCAACUCAGAAAAAGAUUAUUAUACUGCCUAUUUGAUGCUCCGACAGUCGUUAGAGUCUGCGUUGCAACAAGGCAAAGGAAGAGACAUUGUUGCUGGUGACAGUCUCUCAGUAGAAGAGUCAAAACAGAAGAAACAGCAAGAAGUUGUGGUUUCAAGAAACGUAUCUCCAAGUGACUGUAGCUCAUAUGUUAAGGAGGAUUUCGAAUCACUGAAAGGGCAGACAAAAUCUUCUGAUGACAGUAAUGAACCGUUUUGCUGUUUUGGGGAUCUUUUGAGAUGUGAGAAACCAGAUAUUCCUGAAAGCUCUAGCAGUGUUCCAUCGACAAAACACAAAGAAGGGCUUGUGAGAGAGACAAUGAUUCCUGAUCUUAAUGAAAGCACAAGCUGUAUUCAUGUCCAAGAAGGCACAGAAAAUCCUGAGUCAAAGCAGAACCGAGACUCACCGAGAAAAGACUUCAAUCCUGUGGAUGAGGCUAAAUCAAAGGCAAAAGGAAAAAAAGUUUUGAAAGAGAAAAAAGAAGGGUUUGAUUGGGAUAGUUUAAGAAGAGAGGCAGAAGCUAGAGUAGGAAAAAGAGGAAAAACAAGCAGGACGAUGGACUCUGUGGACUGGGAGGCAAUAAGAACAGCUCAUGUUGAUGAAGUUGCUGAGACAAUCAAGAGCCGUGGAAUGAACCAUAAACUUGCGGAACGUAUACAGGGAUUUCUUAAUCGUCUGGUCACAGAUCAUGAAAGCAUAGAUUUGGAAUGGUUGAGAGACGUUCCACCUGACAAAGUAAAAGAGUAUCUAAUGAGCUUUAAAGGAUUGGGACUUAAAAGUGUUGAAUGUGUGCGGCUUUUAACUUUGCACCAUCUUGCUUUUCCAGUUGAUACGAAUGUUGGGCGUAUAGCCGUUAGGCUUGGAUGGGUACCUCUUCAGCCAUUACCGGAGUCGCUUCAACUGCAUCUUCUAGAAAUGUAUCCUGUGCUUGAAUCCAUUCAGAAGUAUCUAUGGCCACGUUUAUGCAAACUAGACCAGAAAACAUUGUAUGAAUUGCAUUACCAAAUGAUUACUUUUGGAAAGGUGUUUUGUACAAAGAGCAAACCUAACUGCAACGCAUGUCCCAUGAGAGGUGAAUGCAGACAUUUUGCUAGUGCAUUUGCAAGUGCACGUCUAAGUUUACCCAGUACAGAGAAAGGCAUGGAGACACCGGAUAAAAAAUAUUUGCCUCUACACCUUCCAGAGACAUUGCAGAGAGAGCAAGGAUCAGAAGUAGUACAUUACUCAGCACUAACAAACCGGUCUUCAUGUUGUGAACCUAUUAUCGAGGAGCCAGCCUCACCGGAACCACCCGAAUGCGCAGAAGUGUCAAUAGCUGAUAUAGAGGAAGCGUUUUAUGAGGAUCCUGAAGAAAUUCCCACAAUCAGGCUGAAUAUGGAUGCAUUUGCAAAUAACUUGAAGAAAAUCAUAGAACACAACACGGAUCUACAAGAUGGUGACAUGUCCACCGCUCUUGUUGCACUUACAGCUGAAGCUGCAUCUCUUCCAAUGCCUAAGCUCAAGAGUAUCAGCCAGCUAAGGACAGAACAUCGAGUCUAUGAACUUGGAGACUCACAUCCUCUUGUAGCUCAGUUUGAGAAGAGAGAACCUGAUGAUCCAUGUCCCUAUUUGCUAGCGAUUUGGACACCAGGUGAGACCAUUGAUUCCAUUGAACCAGCUGUAAGUAAAUGCAUCUCUCAAGGAAUUGGUAAGCUGUGCAACGAUGAGACUUGUUUGUCAUGCAGCUGCAUUAGAGAAGCAAAAUCACAAACCAUACCUUGUAGAACAGCAACGGGAGGCAGCUUCCCACUCAAUGGGACUUAUUUCCAAGUUAAUGAGGUGUUUGCGGAUCAUGAUUCUAGCUUAACCCCAAUCAAUAUUCCAAGGGAUUGGUUAUGGGACUUGCCUAGAAGAACUGUAUAUUUUGGAACAUCUAUACCAUCCAUAUUCAAAGGUCUAUCAACAGAAACAAUUCAACAAUGCUUCUGGAGAGGGUUCGUAUGUGUUAGAGGAAUUGACCGGAUCACAGGAGGACCAAAGCCUUUGAUUGCGAGACUGCAUUUCCCGGCUAGCAAAAUGAAGUCACAGGCCAACCCGCCUAAACCGGGUGCUGUGUAGAAAGGCUGAGAAACAUGGCCUAUGGUUAAGAGUGAGCCAGAGUAGUACCAACAGUCCCUUGUUAGAAUAAAAUGAGUCAAACAUAAAGAUAAAAGUAGUGUUGUUAAGAGUUUUUAAAUUUCGUUUUAGUGUGUCUUUAUUUGUGUUAAGUAAGUACCAGUCACAAGAUGGUGCAACCAGUAGCUGAAUCUGUCUUCUUCCUUCCUCUUGUUCUCUCCCAACUAGAUUUGAAAAAUGUUCCUCCUACCUCAUGUGAUGUUCAACUCUGUUUUGGUUUUCAGAUUCUGAAACCAAAUACAAUUCAACUAGUUUUAGAUUUCCCUACUAA